UUCACCCGGAAGUAAUGGAGAAGCAUUUCGUAGGUUACGUAAGCCUGAAUAGCUGUUGCUAUUUCAUAGCUAACGUUUUAUUAUAUAUAUAUAUUUAAUAUAUCGAUGCUGUGGACGUAUAGUGCUUAUGUUUAGUUAACAACCCGACUUUGACGUUGGCCUUUCAGAGUAAUGCGAACUUUGAAAGGAGUCAGACACUUGAUGACAUCAGCUACCAUGAAACAAGCAGUGUCAGAGUUCAAUAUGCCAGUGCCGUGGGGAGAGAUAAGGGGCAAGGUCUGGGGUCCUGACCAUGGUCGACCAAUACUCUGCCUGCACGGCUGGGCAGACAACUGUGGCACUUUCAACACUCUCAUUCCACUGCUGCCAAAAGAGUGGAAGUGUGUAGCUGUGGAUAUGGCUGGCCAUGGCCUCUCCUCCCAUAGACCUCCUGGAGUCUUCUACAGCUUUCCUGCUUAUGUGGCUGACAUAAGGCGAGUCAUUGGAGCUCUCCAAUGGAAGAGAUUCUCUAUUAUCGGACACAGUAUGGGUGGCAAUGUAGCUGGAAUAUUCAGUGCAUUGUAUCCAGAGAUGGUGGAGUCAGUGGUUCUCCUGGACUCCUAUGGAUUCUUACCCACAGACACGAAGGAAUUGCAUACGGUGAUAAGACAGGGAUUUGAAGGAAUGCUUGAGUUUGAGAAGAAGAAAGAUGAGAAGAAAGAGAAGGUUUACACCUAUGAGAACGCAUUGAUGAGGCUUUUGGCAGCAAACCCCUCUCUCUCGGAGCAGUCAGCCCACAUUCUUCUAGAACGAGGACUCGCUCAGGUUGAAGGAGGUGUGGUGUUCACCCGAGACUUUAGAAUCAAUCUGAAAAAUGUUGUGCGUGUCAGUCUGGAGCAGAGUCUGGAGUUGCAGUCCAGGAUACAGGCCAGAGUUCUAGUAGUGCUGGCGGAGGAGGGGUUUGAGAAGAUGUUUUCUGAACCACAACAGAAGACAUUUACCUCAACGCUACUUCAAGGGUAUAAAGACCAAAGCGGCAUGGUGGUUAACGUACCUGGUGAUCAUCAUGUCCACCUGAACACCCCUGAGACUGUGGCCCAACUCGUCACUGACUUCCUCCAGAAAGAAGCUCCUUCACACAGCACUGCGGAGGAUACACAGGCAGCCAAGUUAUAAGCCCCCGCCCCUCCCCCACUGUGUUAGUUAGUGUUUGCAACUCUCAGAUACAUGCAGUGUGCCUGUAGCCUUCCUGGUGCCAUCCAUCCAUUCAUAACAUGAGCAGUAUUAAAGGUAGACUCAGCGACAUGGCGUAGAUGCAGAAAGUAAAGAGCAUAGUGGGUACAUUUCCGCAACAAUUCCUGGUGAACCCGUGAGCUGGACUGUGUGAGAGCAAAGUCUUGUAUCUCACUCAUCUCAAUAUCUGCGGUGCUGCCCGUGGCAACGUCAUUCUGCUGAAUCUACGCAUAAUAUGAGACUGGAUCAGUUUACAAAUCUGUAGACACAGAAUAAAUUGCUACUUGUGCAAAUAGACAACUGUUGCAUAAACAGACUUUAAAGACUUUGAGACCAUAAUAUUUAUUAUAUUGUGCUGUAUCUAAAACACACCAAUACUUUUUUUUUAACGGCAGUCUGUCGAGCUAGAAUACUUGAUGUUUACCAGUUUCUGUAUGUCAUGUCUUUUUAGAACUGGGCUGUUUUCUCCCAACUGAUGACCCGGUGAUGCCUUACAGUGCCUUGCUUCUGGUCAGAACCUAUUGAAAUGCAUUCAUAUUUUAAUAAAUCACACAUUUUUAUAAAAAAAAUAAUUGUAUAGGGUUUGGCUUCGCACCAAUCAGAUGCAGACCUACGUGUCCACUUCCUGGAUGUGGCCCAAUGAGAAGUGGAUGUGAGGUUGAUCUAUCAAGCUUAUCUUUCCUACAUAUGGUCUUAGAGCUGAGUAACAAUCAUUCAACUAAUUGGACAAAGGCUUCUUCCUGGUACAGUUUGACAAUAAAUAGGUCAUCCUUCCUGCUCUUCAGUCUUAUUUUAGUCAUUGUCUCAGAUAAAAAAACAUGACAUGUUGUGCUUUGUAGAUGAGCAGUCUCCUUAUAAGGAAAUCCUAUUGCUUCUGCCUGAGUGACGGAUAUGAAGGAGAACAUUACCCUCUUACGCUGUGAUGGUUUGUGCGUUAAAUGAACUGGAAUCGAUUUCAUGCAGAGGCUGGAGGAGGCGACCGGAGACAUCUGAAGGGUCCUGGCCCAAAAAAACACCACAAUAACCGUUGCAUAACAUCCCCCUCCACCCAUCACUAGGGCUGUUGUCAUAGCAAUGCCCCCCUCCUCCCCUCCCUUUGAAUGUGACGUCAGAACCCAGAGCAGUAUGAUGAACCUCUCUGUCAUCUGUACAGAGAGUUCCCCUUGGAUUGUAUUAUACCAUCCAGCUGACGGUUGUGCUGCAUUAGACCAAUACAUCAUCUGAUUAGUGACUCCAUUGCUCCUCCAUUUUAUACUAACACCAUAUUCAGAGGAAGGCGGGCACAGCAGAGACCACAGUACCAUGUCCUGGAUGUUCCUGGACUGGUUCGUCCCCAUCUACCUGCUGGUGUCAGUCCUGGUGCUGGCCGGCUUCGGCACCUGUCUCUACUUCCUCGAGCCAGGGCUUCAGGACGCACACAAGUGGAGCAACAAGACUGUGAAGCACCAUCCGCUGGUGGUCAGCUUGAACAGCAAAGACGAAGAUGGCAAUGCCCUCAUAUGAUAUGACCACACACACUACGGGAAGGACAGAAGCUGACCACAUGGAGUGGAGCUGGGACUGGAGGACCGCAGGAUGGUAGAUAGAGACAGACACCUCCUGAGAGGUUUGGGACAUGAGAGGCCUGACUGGGAAGAAACAGCAUUGAGAGGAAGGCACUGUGGUCAGGUGGUGCCACCUUUUGAAAUGUGAAAUAACGUUUUCAUAGAGAGGGGAAACAAAAAAUGGGGUCAUUUGAACAGUGUUAGUUCCUGUUUUCAUGUUCAUAUUUGUGCCAUUUCAUGAUUGUGCCAAUUUUUACAUAUAUUUUGUAACCAGACAUUCACUGCAUUUAUCAUUAUGUUUAUGUAUUUUAGUGCAUUUGAAGCUGACUAAUAAAGUGCAAUAUAUUUAAAUGUUGAAACCACAAAAUCAAUUUUCCGAAAAUGUCAAUAUGGCAGCUGCUACCAAGUCUCUUGUAAAGGUGUUUGAAUGAAACUAAAUUGCUUUCAGUAAUGAUAUCAGUUAUGUGCCAAAUAGAUUAGAUCGAUGAUUAAAUUGUUCAAGAUGCCAAAAUAAUCCAUUCAGAGGUCUAUCCGAAGAAAACAUUUGUAUUUUAUUCUCAUCACACUGUCAUUUUUUACUGAAGGUUGGUGGGAAAAAAGUAUGUAUGUAUCAUUUUGCACUUUUGACCAUGUUACCAUAAUUAUAUAUUCAUAAGAAAUAACAAAAUAAAUGGAUUUAUCACCACUUGAA